ACUCUUCCUCCGGAUGAAUGAUGCUGAGCACACCGUCUCCUUGCUGUUUUCCGUGGGAGCGAGGGACGCCCAUCAUCCAGCAGGAUCUGGUCCUAGAGGAGGCACUGGUCGGUCUCCCUUCUGGUGCCAGGGGCUGUACAGACAGACCUGAUGGACAGAACUCCUUGUGCUGGGGGACCAACUCCUGUUCCUUGCUUCCAGGAUGUCUGUAAGUGCAUUAGAGCUCGAGACCUUUGCUGGUUCCUUUAAAAAUCUAAAAGUGAAUGAAGGAGCAGUGAUUUUCACCUGCUCCAGACUUGGGGUCACAUCUCUGCCUUCUGGUUCCUGAGAUUCAGCAAACAGCCUUCCGUCCAGCUCAGGCCAGAGCCUCAAACCCAGCUGCUGGUAGAGGCAGGGUUAGUUUGAUGAUGUCUUGUCAAAAAUCCCUCCCAUCUUUGCAUCGUGCAGCCAAUGUGCUUGGUGCUGUACAAAGAAGAAGGUAGCUCUCUAGCUGUAGUAGUGACCCCCCAGUGAAGGAAGUGUAAGGGUUUGUCUUCUGAGUCUUAGAAGAAAUGGCCGGAGACAGGAGAUCUCUUUUGUUAUAUCAACUGAUAGUGCAGGGCUGUUCAGUGGGCAGUGGGGCUGUGGUGAUCUGGAGAUCAGGGCAUGGUGGGGAGAUGGAGGAGUGCUGUGUGGUGAAAGCAGGAGUCUGCCUAUUGCACCUCUUUUUCUGUGACGGUUGAGUGGCUCCUGCAGGAUGAGGUGCUGAGGACAGUAGCUCCUCAAUCCAGUGGAUGUCACCGUAAAGAAAACGACAUGUGCCAGUGCUAGCCAAAGGCCGGCAGUUCCUAGCCACAUGCAUCAUCAGCUUGACAGAAGAUCCACGAGGACAGAAAGAGAUGCCAGGAAGUCUGUAACACUUGAUGGCUCCAAAGUUAAUUGUCAAAGUCUGCAGAGUCAUCUGAACUAAGGUGAAUAUUUGCUUUUUACCUUCAUUUUUACAUGAAAAAUUUUCUUCUCAUGUUUUCCAAGGCAGUUUAAGCCUGACAGCACAUGACAGCAUACGUGUGCAUAUGAUGGCAUAUGAAUGCCAUCUACUGGCUGCAGGCCCGGGACUUGGAGCAAGUGUACUUCUUCCAAAUGCCAUCGGUCUGGUCACGGAGGUAUUUUCAUUGAGCACAUGAUGAUGGGCCGAAUUAGCCCAUCUCUGCUUGCCAGGCCACAUGGUUUUGUCAGGACUCCAUUUUCUUUAGGUAUCCUGGGGCAUGUAAAGGGAACACUGCACCAAGCUGAUUUUCCCACUGCAAUUCCUUUGGGAAUUCUCCUGUGCUGAGUCCAACUCCUGCGGAGUCCUGACAAUUUGGAGGAGGCGAUAGCAAGGCAAGGGAAAGGUUGUGCAGGAUCAGGUCCUUCCUGGUGCUGAGUGUUUUCCCAUGUAGCUUUUUUUUCCCUCUUCCAGUCUCUCUUAUAUCUCCACGUGGUCCUCUCACCUGGAAUAGUGUGUUCUUAUGUUACUUGAUAGUGUGUUUUUUCAAUGUCAGUCAAAUAAUCACAUGAGGCGGGAAAAAGGACAGUAGGUCACUUUUGGAAAGACACUGACUGUCAUGUGAGCAUCUUCCUUUUAUUUCCCUGAAUUUGAUGCUCAUUUUUAGGUAGUGAGAGCCUGUGCUGAUGGGGACUUCCUGCAAUAUCACAGGUCACAGCAACCCAGAGGCUCUAGGUUACUUUUCCACCUAUAUGAACCUGUGAUAGAAACUGGCUUGUUCAAAAGUGCUGAUGUUAUUCUUCUUACAGCAAAUCCAACUGUUUCUUGUACACUGGUGGAACUCAAAGACAGAAACCUGUUUUGGUGCCUGCCACGGGAGGGCAGUGAAUCCUCCCCAGCCUGCGGGAAAUGUCGCUUCGGGCUGCGACGGGAGGUGCAGGGAGCGGGCUGUAGAGGUCACUUUGCACCAGCAGAUGCUGGGGCUGAGGCCUGAGAGUGUCCCGGUGCUUUUCUCCAAGGGGAAAACCGAAAUGGCAAGUUUGGCCCCAGCCUGUCUGAUGUGUCUUUAAAGAUGGGCUGAGAUGCUUUUUCCAAAAGCCAGUAUUGGAAAGGUCUUGCCGCUGGACCAAGGACUUUUACAAAGGGAAGGGAUAAGAGGUGCUCGCUGGGGAAACUGGUGAUGUGGGACUUUACUGGCAAAUUCAAACCCUCCCCAAACUCUGCACGGGACAGGUUGCUAGAGCCAAGAGCUCACCGUGGGGGUGCACACCGCAGGGCUGCAGCUCGUUCAUGUGUGUGCACAUUUGCAACGUUUGCAUGCAUGCCUGUGCGGUUUCUAGGUGCCUUGUUGAAAUUUAGGGCAUUUUAAAUGUCUGUCUUUAUGGCCAGGACACGAAAAUGUUUGCAUCUGGCAGAGCAUCCCAGAGAGGGAGAUCUGGGGGAGGAACGGGGUCUGUGAUUUCCAUACUCUCUUUCUUCAUUUAUGCUCCUGUUUCCUGACCCCAUCAGAGGUCUUUAGGUGGAGAUGAUAACAGACCGCCAACACUCCAAAAGCUCAAAUGAGAAAUAUUCAUAGGCUGUUUACUUUCCUUUCCACCCCUUUUUGACAAGCUUGGGCAUUUCCCAAAUUUUCCAAAAGUCACUGCUGUUUUUUUUAAGCCUGUUGCAUGGUGGUGACCCAGCUGAGGGUGCCCAGCAAGUGCUGGGUGCUGAUGGUGGCCAGUUUCAGUGCAAGGUGACAGCGGGCUCAAGCUUGUGGGGCUAUCGAGGUCUAAUAUGAGGUGACCAGGAAAGGAAUGGGCGCCCUAAUGAGUGCAAUGCUCCAGCACGAGCUAACCCUCUCACUAAACUCCAGAGAAACCACAUUGGCACAGGACAUUUUGAAUACCCAACUCCGGGAGAAGCUUUUCAGAGUUUACACCUUACUGGACACUGGAGGAUCCAAGCAGGAGGUGUAAGGUCUGUAGAAAUCCAGCGUGUUCAGACUAGCUGCUCACACGACGGCUCCUUUUAAAUGCCUGCAGUUUUCUCUUUUAUAAACCUGUCUUCUGUUUUUACCCCCUUACAGGUCAGGCAGAGGUCACAGGUUUUCUCUUCGUUUAUGAGAGUAAUACAUGUGCAUUUUAUUUUAAACACUCAAUUGCAAAAAUCCCAGGAAACUGAUCUUUGAAAAUACCACGAAGCUCUGUGCGACUCUCAGACUUGGCAAGACUGGUGAUGCUGCAGCUCGCGGUGGUUUAGUGGGGCUGGUGUUAUCCCUGGGAAUCCCCAGGGAGGAGACUGCAGGGCCCGGGUGCUUCUUUUUGAGUUAGUGAUAAAAUCACAGGUGAUGAGGAUGAUCAGGGCUGGAAGGCACCUCUGGAGACUGUCUAAUCCGGCCCCCAGCUCAAAACAGGAGCAGCCAGAGGGGGUUGCUCAGGGCUGUGUCCAGUCGGGUUUUGAUUAUCUCCAAGGAUAAAGAUUCCACAACUGCUCUGUACAACCUGCUCCAGUGUUUGACCACCCUUGCAGUAAAAAAAAAAAAAAUAAAAAAAUGUCUUCUUUUUAAAAGGAACUUCCUGUAUUUCAAUGCAUGGCCCUUGUCUCUUGUCCAUUUACUGGGCACCAUUGAGGAGAGUCUGGCUCCAAUCACUUUAAGCUAGCCUGGCUGAAAUUAAGAUGAAACAUUUGUUUGUAGGCAAAAUAAAAGUUAUUUUGGUUCCUUUGAAAUUAUUUACAACUUGAACCAAAGUUUGAAGUGAAAAAAAAAAAGUAUUUUGGGGAUGAAAAACUGCAGGCUUUGUUUAAGAUAUGCUUGAAAUUAAAUGCUUUAACUUUUUAUUACACUGUAACAUUCUCCAUUUGAAAUUUGCCUGCCUUUAAUUAAAAAAAUGGGGGACUGCAAGUGCCUUCAAACAUGCAUUUGAAAACAGAAAAAUGUUUUAUUUUGGGGAGAACACAAUGUUUUCAUUGUCUCCACUUAAGGAAAAAAAAAUGUUUUGCUGUGACAAAUAGGAAGGUUUCAUUCUGGGUUGACCUGAAGACAAAAAAAUUUCCUCUUCCUAAUUUUUUAAUUUGAUCUUUAAAGACUAGACCAGUUAUUUGCACAGGUCUAGGCUUCACCUCUAGGAAUCCAAGAAGAGGAGCUGAGGAAGGAGGGACAACAUUGGGAUCUGGUAGGUCUUUGAAAUGUGGGAUUGGUUCGGAUUCAUUCCUGCUGAGCGACAGUAGUUGUUGCAGAUCUGAAUUCUCCUUUGCUUGGGCGUGGGGAGGGCAGAUCCAUCGUGACACGGGCACGGCCCUGCUCUGCUCUUGACGCUGUUUUGCUCAGCUUGGUCUUGGCAGAGCUGGAAACUGUGGAAUAAACAUGUGGGAACCCCUACACCCUCUCCUGCAGUGUCUUCCAGUUCUUCUUGGGAGGUUUCUCUUCUCCAGUUGAGGUUUUUAUAGGACAGCUGAUGCAGUUCCUGGUCCGUGGGUGGCAGUGUUGAAAGUUGUUACCAGCGAAAGCCUGUUUGGGCACAGGUGUGAAAUAAGUCAGGGUGAUGUGACGCACCUCCCGCUGCCCUGAGGGUCUCUGCCCAUCCCUGUAGCAUCAGGCCCUUUGCCUCAGGGCUUUUCAGGUGUGAGGGGACCAGGUACUGUUUAGCAUUUGGUUCAAAGGGACAGGACCUGUGGUGGACCAGAGCACGUUGGGUGCAGGCUCUGCAGCAGCCGGAGCCUCUGCCUCUCCUCUUCACUGCUGUCUGCAGGACACCGGUGUCACUAGGCGCUCUUGCAAAGCCCAGAUCUGCAUGAAAUCCAGAGGCAUGAGUGAGCGCGAAUCCCAGGAGCUGCGGAGGCCAUAAGGAGAGCAUUGUGGAGAAGGAAGAAUCCAUUUAGGUGGGCACCAACUGCAUUGAUGAAGUUACGCAUCUCCUAAGGGAUAAGGGAGGGAGAUUGUUUGCAUGGCUAAACCACGAAGGCAAGCACGCUGUGGUUGCUCACCGAUCUGGUGGGCAGUGCUGCAGAGAUCCAGGCUGGGAGGAUGGCACCUGGUCCUUGCGCAGGAGCCGAGAGCCUCGUAGCUGGCGCAGCCAUCCCCUCUGGAGAGUCACCGACAGUUCCUGCCACAUCCAGGUUCCCUGUGUGAAGAAGCACAGCCCAAAGCACACCAGGCUGCUCCCUGCAAGCCUGCAUGUGGCAAGGGAAACCAUAUGGGUCUGGACCUCGGUGCCUGAGCAAUCCUACGCCCCUGGGGACGGAGGCGCUCAUUAGUCCGGGCCUGGCUGGAGAGGAAGGCAGUGUCUGAUGGCCUGGGCGGCUGCUCAAAGGUUACGUGGUCUGAAGAACAGAGGAUGUGAUGCUGCCCGACCUCACCGACGGGCAGGGGAGUCGUCCAGAGCUGGAGGGAGCAAUUUCAACAGACAGCACUGGAUCUUGCCUUGUGACCUCGUUGUCAAAGGAGCCUGUGGAUGCUAAAGUUUUAGAUGGGUUUAAGAGGACACUGGACAAUUACACGAAGGAGAAAUUGCUGAGGGGUUACUAAGUACAUCUGGCUCAAGAGUUUCUCUGAGUUGGAAACAGCUGGAGACCGGGAAAGUGCUUGGAGUAGUAUCACAUACGUUUGUCUUGUUCUUACAUGUCUCUGGGUAUCCUCUUAUGGUCACUGUUAAAGAGAAGCUAUGAGGGAAACAGCCGUUGGCCUGGCCUGGUGUGCUGGUCUUGUCCCUUGACUCUUGUGUAAAGGGUCAUUUUCUGCUGCUUUGGCAUCAGCUCCCUCCCCUGGGAGCUGUUGUUGGACUCUGCUGCUGGCUGAGCUGUGAACCAGUGAGGCUGUUUUUUAGACCUGCUCUAUAGAUGAACUUGAAGCCCAAGCUGUUUCUAUCUCAGCACUAAAUGAGAAGAGAAAAAAGGCCUGAUCCUGCUCAGGUGCAGAGGGGAUAAAUGGAGAUGGAUGGUUGAGACUGACCCUUCCUUCAUCCCACUCACUUCCUCUUCUCAACUCAGCCCCUUGUUCUCAUUAAUUUCUCUCCAAAUCUUCCCUUGCACUCAGACGCUGACCUUCCUUCUCCCUAUAGCGCCUUUAAUCUUCUGCUUCUCUCCUCCCUUUGGUCCCCUUCAUCUUCCUUCCAGCCUCUUCCUGCCCCAUUCUCAUCCUCUGUAUGAAACAGCUCCCAGCCUGCCUGCAAGCCUACAAAAAACAGCCUCUAUAGUUUGCCAGUUCCUGGAGUUAUCGAGGAGGGAAAAUUCAAGCAAGCAAGCAAAUGGGCCAUGAACACCAACAUCAGUCAAGAAUGCAGCUUUCUGUAGCUGGCGAUGGGCUAAUAUCUACAGUGACAGAUCCAGGAAGGUUUUUCUCCUCUGCUUUAAAAUAGAAGGGCCAUGGUUGCCCCCAGUGAUCCAUUUUACAUGGGAGAAUGAGGAGGAGAAAUGCAGAAUCCAGAAGCAUGUGCAAAGCGUCUUUCUUGAAAUAACCUGAAGAAAGGCCCAGUAUGGCUCAGUGAUCCCGGAAAAUACGUUUCGUUUUGAAGAACGCCAGACACUUCGAUGCUAUGCAUGAAGGCAAGCAAGGAACAAGGUGGGAGCACAGUUAACUUGGCAUCGUGUCCUUGAGCGUGGCCUGAACCAGGAAAGAGUUAUUCCCCCUGCAUUUGUUUCCGAGCAGCAUCCUGGUUCAGACCCUCUCCCUGCAGCAACCCCGUGUGGGAGCACUGGAGUUCCCUGGAAAUACCGUGAUGUAUUUCCGUGCUGGAGCUGUGAAGUGGCAGACGUUGCCGUGCAUUGAUGGCACAUGAGGACGUUGCUCCCUGGAUGCUGUGAAGAGCCACUGGAGCAGAGAAGUGCCAGUUAAAGAAGCCAAAAACCUACGUCAGCCCCUGGAGUACUCAAUGUGCCCCAGCAUACGGGGCUGGUUCCUGCUCCCCUUCAGACUCAUUGCUGCCAGGGAUAUCUUGAGGGGCUCCCCUUGCAGUCCCAGACAAGAUUUCCAGCUCUGACUGUGGAUUUUGAGUGCUUUGAGGGGUGAAGGAGGGUUUGUGUUUCAGGGGAGCAGGACCUGUGUGGGGACGGGGCUCCUGGGCACAUCUCUGGGACAGGUGGAUAUUGACAGAAACUGUCUCUCAGUAGCACCGUUAUGUAUUCUUUUAAUUAAUGCAUUUAUCCAUUGGCCUGCCCUCCCAGAGACCUUUUCACUUAAGUUUUUAAAGGAUCUUGUGGUAAUGCAUGGCCAAUGGUAGAGACAGAUGGGUUUUGGUAGAAUUAACCUGUUGUCCAAGCCUUUGGCUGAACUAUGACCUAUGAACGGAAGGUGUCUAUGAGGGUAAGGGCAGGUGAUGGAAAUGGGAAUCAAAUUAGGUUAUCAACCAGAUCAUUUUAAAUCCCUGUUGGGAUCUGGUGCCAUGGAACAGAUUAAACCUUGCACAAAAUAUGUGAGGUUGGGAUAAAUCAAAGCCCAACCCUCCUCAGCUGUGAUCCUGCAUAGCUCCAUUAAUGAGAGGAACCAAAAUUAACACUGGGCAAGUUAAUUUUUCAUUGCUGCUGUUAGAUAAAGUUUAGCUUGGAGGACUUUUUAACCUUAAAACAGACGUCUUCAGGUCUGGGCUAAAUUAUGCCUCCACAGGCUGUCAUUAUAUCAUAAAAGGAGCAGGUAAUAUUAACAUUUUUGAACAAAUGCCCAGAUUAAGUUUGCUAAAGAAGAAACCUCUGUGAGUAUUCAUGGAUUCAUAGAGGAAACCAGGACUGGAAUGCUUUGAUUUAUGAGAGGGGCCAGGGAUGCCCGGGAAUGAGCGGGUCCUUGGACAGCUUACACAUGAGAGCAGGAGGCUUAAAAGAGCUGCUGAAAUGCUUUGUGGUCUGAGGAUUUCGCUGCUGUACUGAUUCAUCUCCGAUUAUCAAACAGAGCACAAAUUCCUUCCUGAUGACAUGUGAGUGUGUGUGUUACCGGAGAAGCCAGCUGAUGAAUCCGAGGCGAGAGGGAUAUGGCAGAGUGUCCUUUGGUUUUUGGGGGAGGACUUAAGUGCCUUUAGUUGCUGAUGUGACUCAUGGAGGUUUCUGCAGGCUGCAGAGCUCAUGAUGCUGUUUUAUGCUCACUGGAGGCAUGACCAUUGAAACAGAAGGCAUUUUUAAGAGAUAAAACAGCAUCAUUGUCCAUGGGCUGGUGAUGCAUUUGGCAAAACAGCCGUAUCCCCCAAACUGGAAGAGAAAAACCCCAAACCAGCCCCAAAUGAUAGCCCUGAGCAGCACAUUGUGAAGACAGAGCUGUUUGUAACUAUUGACUCUUUGACAUUUUCAAAGUGUGGGGGGGAAAUGGAAAAGGAGAGACAUUGUGUGCUGUCUUCUGACUCAAGUUACCCAAAUUUUUACACCCCACUAAAACUUGAUUCCUCAAGGGCUUGAGUCUGCAUAGCCCAUAUGCAGCAGUGGUGGGUGCCAGCAAGAGAAGCAUCUUGGCUCCAUUUUGGGAAUGCAAACGGCAGCAGAGGCUGUGCAGAUUCAGCCCCGGGAUGGUGUUGGGACCUCACUUGGCUGCCACUGACGUCAGGCAGGAGCGCCCGGGGAGCUGGCGGGAGCAGAGUUAGAAACACCCUUUGCUGGUGUGAAUUAGGUUAGAGCGUGGUCCCGGGAGGAAGGGGGAAUUCAUUAAAACACCACCACAUGUGGAGUGAGGUUAUAACUGAUCUUGAGUGAGUGCAGCUGACAAUCUGAAAAUACAUUUUCCCCUCCAAAGAGUUUUUAUUCUUUCAGCUCUGCCUUGCUGCAGCCUUCAAAUACCACAGAUGUACUUACAGGCGAUGGUCUGGCAUUGGCAUGAGCUUUUCCCAGUAGCGUUACAGAGCAGACUGAGGCACUAUCAAUUAUAGUAAGUUAUUUAAAGAAAGAUGCUGCUUUUCCGUUGCUCAGGUCUUUGUGCCCGUUCAUACUCACUGGGGAGUGGCACUGUCCAGCUUUUGCAGUACUGACUUCUUUGUGGCUUCAAGCUGCUCUGCUGUUGGUCUAUUCAGGAAUAGUCCAAGCAAAAAGCAGCCCAGCUCCCAGCAGGCAACAUAAAUUCAACUCCUGGAGCUGCAGGAACCCCCACUGGAGUCGCUCCUCAGAUGCAGAUGCACAGAUAGGUUUAAAUCAGAAAAGUUUGGGUUUAUGCCAGCCUGUGCAAGAAACUGUCCUGAAUCAUAUCUCUGGGAAGAUGGACUCUUGUGGAGCUUGUAAAAUACUGAGCACCUUCUUGGCAGAGUCACAGUCAAGAACCUCACGAAUUUUUCUCUGGAAAACAAAUACACAGCAAAAUCAAAGCCAUGGGUCACCCCAUUGAAACCAGGUCAUCGGAAGUCGAACUGCGACGAGGCUGCGUGGCCUGUUGGAGCUGAUGGAGGAGGAAAACAUCCUAAACAUUUAAAAAGGCUGAAGGUGAUGGAGAGGAGCAUCAACAGUCAUCAUGUUUGGACAAGACCUACCCAUCCUAUCCACUGAAGCUUAUGACUACGUGCAUCUUUAGGACUACCACUGGAUCCAUGCUGGUAUUUGCCUAUUGAUGAUCAACUCCCAAAACAUUUUUAUUCCUGGAAAGCCUCAACAAAUAUUCUACAAGACACGAGCAGGGAGCAGUUGGAGACAGCAGCUGUGAGUGCCCCGGGGCAGAGCUCCCUGACCGUGAUGUGCAAUGCCUGUUCACCUGGGUUGGAGAUGCUACAAAGCAUGGUCUGCAGUGCUGUACUCAGGAGGGAUCUCUCAGGCAUUCUUGCUCAAGUGCUCAUCUACUCUGAAGCUCAUGGUGAUUGCUGAAGUCAUCAGAUCCAAGAUCUGGGAAAGAGCUGUCCUCCUGCAACACAAGGGGAAGAAGAAAGUAUAUCACAGGCAAAUCCUGUGGGUUGAGACUGACAAAGGAAGCAGACUAGUGCAAAUGCAGAGGUGCUUUCAGUGGUAAGCUUUUACUAUCGGAUGACAUGUUUCUGGUGGUAGUGACUGGCACGAGCAGCUCAAGAUGCAGGGGAACACCUGGAACACACUGCCAAUCCCUCCCUACGUCUGUGCCCUCCUUUCUUCUCCUCUUUCCUGGUUGUGUCACCCACUUCAGUGCUCACCUUCACGGCGUACUUUCUCACCAGGACCAAGCCCAGAGAUCCAUUCAUGGAGCUCGUGGAAGGAAAGAAGGUCUCCUGUAAGAAACUCCUCACCUUCCUGCUCUUCAGCUUCAUCUUCAGCUCCUGUCUCUUUGUUUCUUUUCAUCGGUUCAGGACUUCUGAGCCAGAGCAUUACAAUUCCGGUCCCUUUGCACAAACGGCCCACGCUGGAAAUAGCAGCGCCCCCCCAAAGGGUGAGCACAGGCUGACCAUCCUGCUGUGGAAAUGGCCCUUUGGGCACCGCUUCGACUUUAUAAACUGCUCGGAGCUCUACAGCACCCCGGACUGCCAUUUCACCGUCAACCACAGCUGGUCCCAAAAGGCUGAUGCUGUGAUUAUGCAUCACAGGGAUGUGUGCAGGGACACAAAGAGGCUGGCCCAGCUCCCCAGACUCCCGUCCCAGCUCUGGAUCUGGUUCAACCUGGAGUCCCCAAGUCACUCUCCCAACUUAGGCGCCAUGGCCAACCUCUUCAACCUGACCAUGUCUUACCGGAGAGAUUCGGACAUCUUCACCCCUUAUGGGGAGCUGCAGCUCCUGGCCCAGCCCCAGCCCCUCAGCAUCCCACCCAAGACCAAACUGGUGGCCUGGGUAGUCAGCAACUGGAGAGCAGGCUCCCGCCGGGUAAAAUACUACCAGGAGCUGAAGAAACACAUCACUGUGGAUGUCUAUGGGCGGUAUCACUUGCCUCUGCCCUGGGACAAACUCCUUCCCACUGUGUCCCAGUACAGCUUCUACCUGGCUUUCGAGAAUUCACAACAUGAAGACUACAUCACGGAGAAGCUCUGGAGGAAUGCCUUGUCCUCUGGCACCGUUCCUGUCGUGCUGGGACCUCCUCGAGAAAACUACGAGCGCUUCUUGCCCCCUGACUCCUUCAUCCAUGUCGAUGACUUUGCCAGCCCUGGGGACCUGGCACGGUACCUGUGGGAGCUGAGUGGGGACACCGAGAGAUACCAGCGCUACUUUCAGUGGCGCAAGUGGUUGAAACCCAUGGUGGGAGCUGGCUGGUCUCUGCACGUCUGCAGAGCCUGUCAAUUCUUGCAGACAACAGCAGCCAGGUACCGGGUUGUGCCUGAUCUGUCUGAGUGGUUCCUGUAACUGCUGUUUGAUCAGCUCUCUGCUGUGCUACGAUCUUUUUGUCCUUGCUGGCGGGUUGCAAUUUCACAGGAUGAUUGAACUUGAUGGAAAUGGAGGGACAAAAGGAGCUUUGAAGCAAACGAGGACAAGGAAGCAAUUAGGUGUUUGUAUGUCUUUGUCUUACUGGCGAACAGACUGUCAGAUAGAGUAGUACAUUGUCUUUUUUGUUGAUCUAUUAGUUACCUGAACAACUUGUUUGCUGGCUGCAACUUGGUCUUUGGAGAAGUUCACCUUCCAUCUCUGCAAACGUUUCUGGAUCAGGUCCACGGGUUGGAGAGCUGAAACAAGUGGCCAAGAGGGGAAGCUGAAAUAACAAUAUCUAUCAUAAACCUGUUUCAAGGACUCCGUACUAUGUAAAGCUGUGGCUUGCAGGAGCAGCCACACCACGAGGCUGCCUGCUGCUGCAAGAGGAACUGGCCACUCUCCUCUCUCCCAGGCCCCCAUCCCCAGUCCUGCCCUUGCUCUGCCUCGGCCUAUCCCUGACUGUCGUUGUGGUGCUGCAUCAGGAUGCUAAAUGGGCAGAAAAUAACUCAAUGUAUUUUACAAGGCUGUUUUUCUGGACAGGUUAGCAAGACAGUGUGCGCUUGUGGAGGGGAUUGACAGCAGCAGACUGGUGCAGGUAAGGUGCGGGGUGCCAAGGAUGCCCCUGAAAGAACCGUAAGUUUUAGUGCCUGCAGCACCCUGUGGCAAGGAGACACUCAGGACCAGCACGAGAUGAGCUUCCUCCUCUGUGCCUCAAACAUCGCAACUUCUGUCAUCGGCUGAUGCCCCUAGGCCAUGUAUUUAAAAAACAGUGAAUAAAUUAUUGAGCUUC